AUGGCGACGAUGUUGUAGAGCACUCUUACCUGAGUAGCUAAACACUUUUAGUGUUUAAACCAAAUAUCACAAAAGUUUUGUAGCUAUUUCAACCAAGUUAUGACUACUGAAGCGGUAUUGUUCAUAUUAAUUAAAAUAAACAAUGACCGACAAGAAAAACAUCGCUGCGCGACAUAUAUCGGAUGCGAGAGAAAAUCAGAGCAGAACUCUCAAACUUUCCCAGAGGAAAAUGAAAACAAAGACUCGAAUGACCGGACUCAAAAAGUCACAGUCUCCGUCGUAUCACACUUCAUACAGAUGUCGCAAAGAUUUUACAACACCAAAACGUCGACCAAGAAUCAGAUUCAACGGUUGUUACAGCGGAGAUUCGCCUAAUGAGACCGAGCCCCCGCAAGACAUCAUCUGGGAUCCCAACUCACCCACGCAAAACUUGAAUGGAAGAGAAAAUGCGAACGUCAUUGAGAUAUCGGAAAUUGUCAAUAGGAUUGCACCAAAAGUUGAGAAGUCGAAAGAAAGGGACUCGGUGCUCCAGUGGAUUGGAGACAGUGCCAUACCCAGCACUCCAGAGAUCAGACAGCCCAGGGUCAGGAGAAUCUCAGCACGGCAGAGCAGUGUUGAGGACCUUAAGAAACUUGCCAAGCAGUUUGACAUCAAUAUGACUCGUCAGGACAAAGAGAAACAACAGGAGAGCACCGAAAAAAGAAAUAAACUCAAUAAGCUACAAAGUGAUGGUACAGCGGUCUCGUUGGAACAACUAACUGGCUGCUCAUCUGUUGCCCGCCAGGAAGAGGAAGAGCUUCAGGCACUGUUUGAUGGUCCAACUCAGCACGUAAAUGGGAGACUGAGCCCGCCAUCAGCCAACUGCACACCAGAAAGCAGUGCUGAACCUGUAGCUCAGGCUGGACAGAGCUCAAGUUCUGCAGCAAUCAAGAAUGCUCCCGUGGACGCACCUAAAGCUACUGAGGCGAAGUUUGAUGAUGACUGGGAAAACGAUGACCUUCUGAAUGACUCAUUUGUGCUGGAAAUGACACAGAACCCAGUGUCUUUGAAUGUAGCUCAGAAACAGAGUGCUGCUCAGCCCAAGUCUUGGUCUAAGAAAUGUCAUUUUGAGGCCAAGGUUAAUCCCUCUGUAUCUAAUGGCAGAAACAUCUGUUUUGAAACUCAACAGAGCACCAGCAAAAUCAGCACCUUUACCAAGACACUUCCUGAUGUCAAAACGUCUAAUCGAAGCACUUUUACGUUGAAGCCACCUGCUUCUGUCCAAAAUAACACUACUGAGAAGCUGCCAAAGACUUCACUUGUGAAUCAAGAAAAACAGCAAACACAGGGUACGAAACUAGUAGAGCUUGAUGGAAUGACCAAAGAUGGUGGAGUUUCAAGUCAGUCCUCUUCUGUUCAGUUUGAUGGGGUUUCGGAGGAGGACAUGAAGUCUCUGUUUGAUUCCGACAGUCUGUGGAAUGACGAAGACGACGAUGAUCUCCUUUUUCAGGCUUGCGAUGAUGUGGAAAAGUUAUCGGCCAGUCAAGAACAGCAAAGAUGCAGCGAAAAGUACAAAAAUCUUGCACAUGACAAAUCAAAAAGCUUUGCAUCUAAAGCACCUUUCUCCUUUGACACCAUUUGUUCUCAGAACAUGGGCAUCAACAGCAGAGGCCAACCACAAGAACCCACAAAAUCCACACGCCCAUUUGCUCGCUCAAACUCGGUACCGUGUACAAGUGGCAGCUCUGGAUUUAAACAGGUUCAGCACUAUGGACAUGCACAAAACAAAUCACAUCAAGUGAAAUGUGCCUUAGGAUCCAGGCCUGGUUCUGCCGGAUCCAUGGACGCCUCAAAGACUGUUAUGCCACACAGCGCAAAAGUAGGAAAUACUUCAAACUCCCACCAUUACACAUUCAAAAGACAUCUGUCAGACUCCAUGCCGCUAACCAACAAAGUUUUUAUUUCAUCCCAUACGACAGCCAAAUGUUCAGCUGCCGAGAUUGAGAGGAAGAAACAGGAAGCGAUUGCGAGAAGGAGAUUACGGCUGCAGGCUAGUCAAAAAGAUGGAACCCCGACAUAGGACACCACAGAGAAGCUUGGACUGUACUGAAUGUCAGGGAUGUUCUGGCCUGUUAAGAACUAAAUUAUGUAAUUAUGACGGUAAUGAAGCAUAUAGCCUGGAGAUCAUAUUUCAGUCCUUCAUAUCCUAAUUUAGAGUUGAAAACUAAUUUGUCUCUUUGAAGGAAAUGUUACUUGAAGAUUUCUCAUGCUUUUCUAAAUAAUGUACUUCAGUGUCAUAUCUGUCUAACUGCCAAACUAAAUGGCUAGAGUUACAAGAGAAAGCAAUUUCUCGCACAUUACGGAUCCGUUAUUACAACCCAGUAUUGUCAGUAAAAUUUAUGUCCUCACACUUUUUUUUUCUUUCUUUUUUUUUCAAAAUUUGAUGAAGCAUUUCUAACCAUGUGUCAUCUGAAUCGUGAAAGAAAAGGAACAGACUUUGGAUUAUGCCUCAUUAAAUGCUGUUACAAAUGUAAGGUCACUUUCCAUUGGUCAGUAUUAUGUGUAGUUAUUAAUGGGGGGAAAAAAUACUUGAAUUUUUGUCAAUCAAGCUAAAGAUCCUGGAGAUCUUUUUUUUUCUUUUCAUUUGUUGUCUGUUCUAUAUUUUUUUGUUAAACACAAUUGUGUCAGUAUUUAAAGCUAACAAAGAGGAAGCAAAAGUUUUAGUGUAUUUUUGCUUUCAAAAGUAUUGAAUAAAACGUUGUGAAAGUUGACUGAC